GUCCACAGCAGUUGGCAAGGUUUUGCGUUGCGGACCCUCGCUUUCUGGCGUUUCUGAUUCCCUGCCGUCCAAAUGUCCCUGCAGAAUCACAGAUGUCACUACCCUGACAUACUGACAGAUGCAACUCGCCCCUCAUCCUGCCUGAAGCCACCUACUACCACAUCCCAGGGUUACUAAUGAGGAGGUGAAUUGGGUCUCCUAGCCCAGAGGCCCUGCUGAUCGAUGUCACUGCCUUAAGCGUCAUCAUAGACGUCAGAAACCCUGGACCAGGCAGGCCCUGGGUGCACCCUGGAAUAGCUUAAGAGGGCGGAACCUUGGGAUGGUUCCCCAGGACUGAUUCCGGCCCCUGAGAAAACUCACUCAAAAACUGCAGCAGAAGGGGCUCAGGGACUCCGUGGGGCACAGUUUUCUCAUCUUGUUCUGCCACCUGGUGGCAGUUGGCUGCGUCUACAAGGAAACAGGUGGAAGCUCCAUAAAACCUGGGCCUUUCUUCCUGGGAAUUGCCAGCAGUUUGGAGCAACCCUCCUACUUAGAAAAUGAGUUUCUUUAUAUGAGAAUGAAAGUCGUGCUGGGAGAUGACAGUGUAGUUAUUUGGGUCUUCAUUUCCAUUCAUUUUUUAAGUUAACAAUUUAAACCUAGCUUUUAUUAAGCAUUUAAACACAACUUGCCGGUUUGGUCAUUUUAAUCACAUAGCUAGUCAUAUACAACUAUAAGAAACAUUACUUUCACUUGUUCAUUGGUUCAUGUUCAAUUAACUCCUAAGUUUCGGUGGAGUGGUGGAGGGGAAAACCUAACUGGAGUAGAUUCAAGGAGAGAAAAGGGAGAUAAGACAGACAAUGAGACCUGCUCACUUCUCGGAGGAGUUUCUAAGUAUUUCACAACACUUGCCUGGAAAUUCACAAGAUUUUGGGGAGAAUUUUUGUACACAUCAGAGGGAAUUAUGUAUUUACAUGAAAGCUAAGGGCUCUUUACGUCUGAUCUGCACACAAAUCCUAUGAAUCACAGGGCUGUCUGAAACCAUUUGAACCCUCUUCUCUGCAGCAUACGGUACAAGUGACCGCUCAGGCUGUGUUUCAACACGUCUAAUGUUGCUAAUCUCAUUACCUUACAAAGCCAGCGAUGGCCUGGUUGGUGGGAAGGACAUCUUCGUGUGAAUCCCGUCUGCAGCAUCUGUGGUCUUGUUAACCUCUUUCCCGGCUCCUUCCCCUGACCUCGUCUCUCUGCAAUUCUGGGUCCAUCUAGAACUCUGGUGUGACACCCCAAGAGCAGAUGUGAUGGCUGCGGUCCAGUCAUGGGCUUUUAGUGGAUAUGUAUUCAGGGGCAAACACAUAAUGCUGCAUUUACCUCCACACUAUGAAGAUAUACAGAGCCUUCAAUACACAUCGAUUACUCAUAAAUGUCUAAGUCUGAUGUAUCAGGAUCACUCUUAACAAUUUCAUCUAUAGGGUUCAACUGUUAAAUGUGAGAAAAACAGUGCACAGUAAUGUGACAAUAGUGUCCACAUGAAUGAAGUAGUUCCAGUUUCCCUGGGACUGAGAGCUUUCCCGGGACAGGGGCCUUUAAGUUUUAAAACCGGAAUGGUCCCACUCAUGGCAAACUAGGACCAUGUGUGACCUUGGCAUGCAAUGAACCAUUCAUGGCCAAAUAAAAUGAGCUACCUGUAGAAGACCUCUACACAUCAUGUUCUCUCGAGGAGGACCCUCGGGGCUGUUUCUGCUCAGCAAGCAGAAACGUGACUCGAGCCUGCUGGGAGGGCCAGGAGGAAGAAACAAAGGAAAGAAAGAUUGGAGGAGUGGGAGUAAGAAACACAGGAAGAGACGGAAUGUGACAUACCAGAAAUGUAUCCGCUGCUGGAGCACGACGCUGCAGGAGGGAGGGACGAUGGGGCAGGGGCAGAGGGGCUGAAUGGGGCGUGCAGGGGGCAGGCCCUCGGCCUCUUUGCACCCGGCAGAGUGACGAGCUUCGCCAGUGUCUUCAACGAAGUCCUGUCGGUCCCUACCGGCACAUCACACACUCCUGGAAGCAUGAUCUUCACUCCCUUCCUUCCACCUGCUGACCUGUCUGUCUUUCAGAAUGUGAAAGGGUUGCAAAAAGACCCUGAGGAAGUGGUUGCUGUGUCUGACGCCACGGAGGACCCAUCCGGUGGCACAGCCUUGCCCAGGGAACCUGCUCUUCUGCGAGGGUCUUGGAGGAGCCGGUUCCAGAGGGCCCUGGCAUGUUUCACCAAGUGCUUCAGGGGAGGAUAUCGGACACUCGGAAUCUGAGACCACCGGAGCCACAGACACAGGCGUGAACGGUGACCAAGCCCCUUCUGCUGCUCCAUGCCCCUGCUCGCCCCAGUGUCCCAGUCACCAGGCCUGAAAUAAAUGCUGGCACGCUUGACUGUU